CAUGUUAUAUUAAUGGAAGCUAGUGAGAAGAAACGUCAGUCGUAUAUAAUCUUUGGAGAGUGUAACAUCGUGAAUUUGGUUUCUUGCAAUAAUUUUUUUACUCGUGCUUACGAUGGAGACGUGGGCGAUAAUCUUAGCCUUUGUGGCAGUGGUACUCAGCAUUUAUUACUACGUCUUCAAAGACAUGAGCUACUUCAAAAAAAUUGGUAUACCAUAUUUGGAACCGUGGCCGAUAUUUGGUAACAUGGGUCCAACAAUUUUCCGUCAAAAAUCAAUGGUCGAUAUGACUGUAGAGAUUUACAAUUUGCAUCCGGAAGCCAAAUACGUUGGUUUCUUCGACAUGGGUAAUCCGGUUUUCUUUAUUCGUGAUCCAGAAUUAAUCAAAAUGAUCGCGGUUAAGAGUUUCGAUAAUUUCCCGGAUCACAGAGGUUUCGUCGACGAGGUACAGGAUCCUCUCUUUGGAAAAAAUUUAUUUUCGCUAAAAGGCAACCGAUGGAGAGAAACCAGAACGAUGUUGAGUCCUGCGUUUACAUUGAGCAAGUUAAAGAGUAUGUUCAAGCUGAUGAACGAAUGCGGAGCAGAUUUUACGGAUUAUCUAUCGAAAAUGUCGAAGGAUAAGAAAACUAUAGACAUGAGGGACGCCUUCACGAGAUAUACGAACGACGUAAUAGCCACUUGUGCGUUUGGUAUCAAUAUGAAUUCGAUGAAAGAUCGGGAAAACGAAUUCUAUGUUCUCGGAAGAGACGCAACUAAUUUCGACGGUAUUAAAUCUUUAAAAUUUUUCCUUAUACGAAGUUUUCCAACGAUUUCGAAAUUCUUCAAUGUCAAGCUGAUAUCCGGUAAGAUCGGUAAUUUCUUCAGGAACGUUGUCGAGGAGGUAAUCGACAUUAGAGAUCGAAAGAAGAUCGUACGAUCCGACAUGAUACAAUUAAUGAUGGAAGCUAGGAACAAGAGAGCCGAAAUGGGACAAGAAUUACCUAUGAUGGAUAUAGUAGCUCAAGCUUUUAUUUUUUUCUUAGCUGGCUUCGACACCGUUUCUACGGCUAUGUGCUUCACGUGUCACGAAAUUGGCGUUAAUUCGGAAAUGCAAAAAAGAUUGCAGCAAGAGAUCGACGAGGUUAUCGAAAAGACCAAUGGAAAUCCAACUUACGAAGUUAUCAAUAACAUGGAAUAUUUAGACGCAGUGAUAAGCGAAUCCCUACGAAGAUAUCCGAUCGCUCUCUUUCUUGAUAGAGUGUGCAUCGAGGACUUCGAACUGCCACCAAGUUUACCUGGAAAGAAGCCUUUGUUAAUAAAGAAAGGCACGAAUGUUUGGUUCCCAGUUAGUGCACUCCACUUGGACCCCAAAUAUUUCGAGGAUCCGUACAAAUUCGAUCCAGAAAGAUUUAUAAAAAAUGGAAAGGAGAUCAACAAUUCCGGUGUCUAUUUGCCCUUCGGAUUAGGACCUAGAAUGUGCAUUGGUAAUAGAUUCGCUUUGCUGGAGAUAAAAGUUUUGAUAUUUAAUUUAUUGGCAAGAUGUAAUCUGAAGCCAUCCAACAAAACCCAAAAUCCAAUUCGAUUUUCCAAGAGAGGAAUCAACUUAUCGGCUGAAAAAGGUUUUUGGAUGGAUUUAGAAGAAAGAAGCGAUGUUCAUCCUGCUCUUAAAAAUUUUGUUUCUAAUAGCAGUUCUGGUGGUACUGUUAAAAAUAAUGUAACCACCAAUGGAGUUACUAAUGGUCAUGCGGUCAAAACUCUCGCAAUAACUUUUUUACUCAAGCACACGAUGGAGUCGUGGGCAAUAAUUUUGGCCAUCGUGGCAGUGGUACUAAGCAUUUAUUAUUACGUCUUCAAGGACAUGAACUACUUCAAAAGAAUUGGUAUACCGUAUUUAAAACCAUGGCCGAUAGUGGGCAAUAUGGGACCAGCAAUUUUCCGUCAGAAAACGAUGACUGAUUUAAUCAUCGACGCUUACAAUUUUUAUCCGGAAGAUAAAUAUGUUGGUUUCUUCGAUAUGGGUAAUCCGGUUUUUAUUAUUCGUGAUCCAGAAUUAAUCAAAAUGAUCGCUGUGAAGAGUUUCGAUAAUUUCCCGGAUCACAGAGGUCUCGUCGACGAGGUACAGGAUCCUCUCUUCGGAAAAAAUUUAUUUUCGUUAAAAGGCGACCGAUGGAGAGAAACUAGAACGAUGUUGAGUCCGGCGUUUACUUUGAGCAAGCUAAAGGGUAUGUUCAAGUUGAUGAACGAAUGCGGAGCAGAUUUUACGGAUUAUCUAUCGAAAAUGCCGAAGGAUAAGAGAACUAUAGAAAUGAAGGACGUCUUCACGAGAUAUACGAAUGACGUAAUAGCCACUUGUGCAUUUGGCAUCAGUAUUAAUUCUAUGAGAGAUCGGGACAACGACUUCUACGUUCUCGGAAGACAAGCAACCAGCUUCGAGGGUAUUCAAUCUCUGAAAUUCUUCUUGAUUAGAUCUUUCCCAAAUAUUGUGAAAUUCUUCAACAUCAAGUUAAUACCUGAUAAGAUCAAUAAUUUCUUCAAAAACGUUGUCGAGGAGGUAAUAAAUACUAGAGAUCGAAAGAAGAUCGUACGAUCCGACAUGAUACAAUUGAUGAUGGAAGCUAGGGACAAGAGAGCCGAAAUGGGACAAGAAUUAUCUCUGAUAGAUAUAGUAGCUCAAGCUUUUAUCUUUUUCUUUGGUGGAUUCGACACCGUCUCUACGGCAAUGUGCUUCACUUGUCACGAAAUUGGUAUCAAUUCGGACAUGCAAAAGAGAUUGCAACGAGAAAUCGACGAGGUCAUUGAAAAAACCAAUGGAAAUCCAACUUACGAAGUUAUCAAUAGCAUGAAAUAUUUAGAUGCAGUGAUAAGCGAAUCCCUAAGGAGAUAUCCGAUAGCCAUUUUUCUUGAUAGAAUGUGCAUCGAGGAUUUCGAACUACCAUCAAAUUUACCUGGAAAAAAGCCUUUGAUACUAAAAAAAGGCACGAAUGUUUGGUUCCCAGUUAGUGCACUCCACCUAGACCCUAAAUAUUUCGACGACCCGUACAAAUUUGAUCCGGAAAGAUUCAUAGAACGUAACAAGGAGAUCAACAAUUCCAGUGUCUUCUUGCCCUUCGGAUUGGGACCUAGAAUGUGCAUUGGUAAUAGAUUCGCUUUACUGGAAAUGAAAGUUUUGAUAUUUAAUUUAUUGGCUAGAUGUAAUCUUAAGCCUUCCAUUAAAACCCAAAAUCCAAUUCGGCUUUCCAAAAAACAAAUCAAUAUGACUGCCGAAAAUGGCUUUUGGAUGGAUUUAGAGGGAAGAAAGGAUGUUCAUCCUUCUCUUAAAAAUUUUGUUCCUAAUGGCUCUACCGAGGAGAAUGAUAUUAAAACUGAUACAUCAACUAAUGGUAUUGCUAAUGGUCAUGCGGUUAAUACUUAAGUAAUAAAUGAUAAGAAUACUUUUAUUAUGAUAUUUUUUUAAUACAUAUGAAUGUGUGCAUAUGUCCGCGUUCAUAAUUGAUAAUAUAUAAUUGAUGUCAUUUAUUUUUUAAAAUCAUAUUCGACAAAUGUUUACAAAAAACACUUUGUUAUAUUCACUUUCUUAUAUGAAAAAAAAAUGAUUUAAUACAAGUAAAAAAACAAAAAUACAUUGAUAAAAUAUUCCUAUUCUUACGAUAAUAAUAAACUCUUAUAGUUAGAUUUUAGAGUAGCUCUGGAAGAAAAUUCCAAUGUUUAAUAAGCGAUAAAUAUUCACUUCUAAAGUGAUGAUUACGUCAGUGGCAUAAAUUGAUAGAGGUGAACGAAAGACGUUUUGCCUUAACGAGAGUUGCCAAGAAGAAACAUCAGUAAGGCCACUCUCUGGUCAAUAUAACUGUGUCAAUUUUCUCUCUCUCUCUCACUCCCUCUCUCUCUCACUCCCUCUCUCUCUCAUUCCCUCUCUCUUUCUCUCUCUUUCUCUCUCCGUCUUUCUAUUUCUCUUCAACUCUAUCAUUAUCUUUUCCUCUCUUUUUUUUUCUCGGAUUCAUGAUGGAGACUUGGGCUAUCAUCUUAUCCAUUGAAACUGUAAUACUAAGCAUUUAUUACUACGUCAUUAACGACUCAAGUUUCUUCAAGAAAAUUAUUUUACCGCGUUUGAAAUCAUGGCUGAUAGUUAUCAACAUAGAUUUAAUAUUUUUACGUAAGAAAAUGAUGAUACUUACAAUAUGCAUUCGAAAGCAAAAUACAUUGGUUUCUUCUAUUCGAGUAAUCUCCAUUUUGAUAAUUUGUAAUCCAAACUUGAUCGAAACGAUCACAAUUAAAUAUUUUGAUUCUCAGUUCAUGGACUCCAUUACGAUCUUAAAUAUUUCCUGGAUCAGUACAAAUUCGAUUCUGAAAGAUUCAUGUUAAGAGAUUCGGUUAAGCAGAUCAACUAGUUCGGGACUUACCUAUUCUUUGGAUUGGGACUUAGAAUAUUCAUUGAUAAUAAUCUUGCUUUACUUCAAAUAUUUUAUUCGUUGGCAAAGUAUAAUCUCAUGCUUUUCACCAAAAUGUAAUAUCCAAUGCGAUUCUCUAUGAAUGGAAUCAUCAUGACUAACGAAAGUGAUUUUUGGAUGGGAUAAAAAAAAAGGUCUUGGUCUUAACAAUUUUUUAUUUGAUAAAACUGUUACUGAUAAUAUCGAAAUUGUAGCGUUAUGAUAACACAUAAUGAUCGCGUUGCUAAUGAUUCUAUAUACGGUAAAAGAAUAAAAUAAAAGCAAUAAAUAACAAAAAUGUUUGGAUUAUGAUAAAAUGAUCUAAUGUAUAUAUGUGUAUAUAUAUGUAUAUAUUCGUAAGUGAAAUGUUAGGUGUACCGAAUCUGGAUUACGCAUUUGCUCAACGUACUCUACAUUAUCACGGAUUAUCGUCUUUUGAAUUACACGCAACUAUACCCAAAUACGCAUUGUAAUUCAAUUGUAUAUAGUUUUAGAGAUCAAUUUAAGUGUAACUAUAAUGUAAAUAAUACAAUAUUGUCAUCAUUAUUAUUAUGAUAAAGAAAAGAAAGUAGGUUGCAAUCUUCGAAAAUAACAAUAAUUAUUUAAAGAAACCUACUUAUCUAUUAACAUCUGGAUUCAGAUAUUUUUUUUCUAUUAAAAAUGUUCCUUUCUACGUAUCGAUCAACUGAAGUUUUUAUCGAUCAUAUCUUUCUAUACGAUCUCUUUUAUUUGAUAUAUACAUACAUGGGCACUUGUCAAACAAAGAGAUUGUUUCCAGAUCGAAAAUAUCUCUUCUAUUAUCAGAUAAAGUACAAGAGUAAAGCAAACACCAUUUGCUUUCUUCGUUCAGCAAAGAAAAACAUACGGUGAUUGUGUGUUGAAUUCUUUAUUUGUUUGAUUAAUUUAAA